AUGCUCCACUACAAACUCUUUGAAACUUGCUCUGACAGCUCCCCCCAGUUCGGAGCUCCCCAUCUUGCAGCUUUCCUAGUUCUCCACCUUUCCUUAGCUUCGCCAGGUCGUCGCUCCCAAGCUUGCCCAGUCAUCGCUCCCAAGCUCGCCCACUUCCCUAGCUCUGUCGAGUUUCCCAAGCUUCGCCAGGUCGUCGCUCCCAAGCUCGCCCACUUCCUUAGCUCCGCCGAGCUCCCCAAGCUCCGUGAGGUCGUCAUUCCCGAGCUACGCCAAGCUUCCCUAGCUAUGCGAGGUCAUCAUUCCCAAGCUUCGCCCCUAGCUCCGCCGAGCUCCCCUAACUCUGCCAAGUCGUCAUUCCCUAGCUUCGCCAAGCUUCCAUUGCUCCGCGAGGUCGUUAUUUCCUAG